UUGAUUUGAAUCGCAGCGGGCGCGCGGACGGCCGGUUGGAGGCAGCGCCGAGCUUGAGCGGCAGCGCCCGCCUCGAUCGCGACUUUCGGCUCCUCCCGCCUCGAUCGCGACUUUCGGCUCCGCCCGCUGCGGCUCUCAGCGACAUGAAGGCGGCGGCCAAGACGCCGCGGAGGCCGGCGGUGAAGAAGCCGUCCAACCCCAGCCUGAAGGAUCCCGUGGGGGUGUACUGCAGGGUGCGGCCGCUUAGCCGCCCGGACCAGGAGUGCUGCAUCGAGGUGAUCAACGAGACCACGGUGCAGAUCCACCCGCCCGACGGAUACAGGAUAUUCCGCAACGGAGAGUACCGGGAGACACAGUAUUCAUUUAAAGAAGUGUUUGGCACCCUUGUUGUUCAGAAGGAGCUCUUUGAUGUGGUGGCUAAACCUCUAGUGGAAGAUCUCAUUCGUGGGAAAAAUGGUCUCCUUUUUACGUAUGGUGUGACAGGCAGCGGGAAAACACACACCAUGACAGGAUCUCCUGGUGAUGGAGGACUUCUCCCACGGUGUUUGGAUAUGAUCUUCAACAGCAUAGGACCAUUCCAGGCCAAGCGAUUUGUUUUCAAGCUCGAUGACAAGAAUGGUGUGGAUGUUCAGUGUGAAGUAGAUGCUCUAUUAGAGCGCCAGAAAAGAGAUGCCAUGCCUGUUCCAAAAACUCCAUCUGGCAAGCGGCAAAUAGAUCCAGAAUUUGCUGAUAUGAUCAAUGUGCAAGAUCACUGCAAAGUGGAAGAAGUUGAUGAAGAUAAUGUCUACAGUGUCUUUGUCUCCUAUAUUGAGAUCUACAACAACUACAUAUAUGACCUCUUGGAGGAAGCUCCCUAUGAGCCUAUAAAACCAAAGUGGAACAAUUGCAACACUCCUGUGCGAAAUGGUGACUUUAUACCUCCACAGUCCAAAACACUUCGUGAGGACCAGAAUCACAACAUGUAUGUCACAGGAUGCACAGAAGUAGAGGUGAAAUCUACAGAAGAAGCUUUUGAAGUGUUUUGGAGAGGUCAAAAGAAGCGGCGUAUUGCAAACACUCAGCUGAAUCGAGAAUCUAGUCGCUCUCACAGUGUUUUUAUAAUAAAGUUGGCUCAGGCACCCCUGGAUGCAGAUGGAGAUAAUGUGCUACAGGAGAAAGAACAGAUCACUUUAAGCCAGCUGUCUUUAGUUGAUCUGGCUGGAAGUGAAAGAACUAAUAGAACAAAAGCUGAAGGGAACAGGUUGCGAGAAGCAGGUAAUAUUAAUCAGUCACUAAUGACAUUAAGAACAUGUAUUGAAGUUCUACGGGAAAACCAGAUGUAUGGAACAAAUAAGAUGGUUCCGUACAGAGAUUCUAAACUGACUCAUCUCUUCAAGAACUAUUUUGAUGGUGAAGGAAAAGUGCGUAUGAUUGUGUGCGUUAACCCUAAAGCUGAGGACUACGAGGAAAGCUUGCAAGUCAUGCGCUUUGCAGAAAUGACCCAGGAAGUUGAAGUUGCAAGACCUGUUGAUAGACCACUCUGUGGCUUAACACCAGGACGGCGCUUUAGGAAUCAGGCCUUCAGAGAGGAACUCUCCCGGAAAUUGGAGAUGCGGGGUGGCCCAAUAAAUGGAGAAACAGAAGAGCAAUCUGUUUCAGAAAUGUUUUUGCAGAACUUUCCUCCAUUGCCUUCAUGUGAGCUAUUGGAUGUUAAUGAUGAUCAAACACUUCCAAAGCUUAUUGAAGUCCUGGAAAAACGCCAUAAACUACGACAAAUGUUGUCAGAGGAGUUUGCCAAAAACGUGCUUGCAUUUAAAACAAUGCUGCAAGAUUUUGACUCCAGUAUUGUAUCCAAGGAAAACUAUAUUCAAGGGAAACUGUCUGAGAAAGAGAAAACAAUAGCAGGACAGAAAAUGGAGCUAGAACGCCUGGAGAAGAAAAUUAAAACUUUGGAAUACAAGAUUGAGAUUUUAGAGAAAACCGCAACAAUUUAUGAAGAAGACAAGCGUAAUCUUCAGCAAGAACUAGAAAGCAAGAGCCAGAAAUUGCAACGUCAGGCUUCUGACAAGCGUAGGUUGGAGGCACGAUUGCAAGGCAUGGUGGCAGAAACAACCAUGAAAUGGGAGAAGGAGUGUGAGCGUCGUGUAGCAGCAAAGCAGCUGGAGAUGCAGAACAAACUUUGGGUCAAAGAUGAAAAACUGAAGCAGCUGAAGGCUAUUGUUACUGAACCAAAAAAUGAAAAGCCAGAGAGACCUUCACGGGAGAGAGACCGAGAGAAGCCCGUUCAGAGAUCAGUGUCUCCUUCACCAGCACCUCCUUCUAGUAACUUUAUUACUUGGGUCCCUAACACCCAGCGGCACAUGAGCAACCCGCAGGUGCACAGACGUUCUAAUUCUUGUAGCAGCAUUUCUGUGGCAUCCUGUGUUAUGGAAUGGGAGCAGAAAACCCCUUCGCACAAGCAUACCAGUGGCACUUCUAAUGCAAGGAGUAGACAACAAGAACCAGAACAAAGUAGAGACUAUAACACCUCAGACAGAAGGCGAGGGAUGUGCUGGACUGGAGUCAUUGAGGUUCCCAGGCAUAGAGAUGAGCUAGAAAUAGAAGAGGAUCAAUGCUGCAGGAAUGCACCUCCAGUUCGCCUCAGACACAGACGGUCGCGCUCAGCUGGGGAGAGAUGGGUAGAUCAUAAGCCACCUUCUAAUCUGCCCACUGAAACAGUCAUGCAGCCACAUGUCCCUCAUGCCAUCACAGUAGCGGCUGCAAGUGAAAAGGCACUAGCUAAGUGUGACAAGUAUAUGCUGACACACCAGGAGCUAGCCUCUGAUGGGGAGAUUGAAACAAAACUAAUUAAGGGUGAUGUUUUCAAAACCAGGGGUGGUGGACAGGCUGUGCAGUUCACAGAGAUAGAGACUCUAAAGCAAGAAUCUCCAACCGGUCGAAAGCGAAGAUCAUCCCCUUCCAAUCCUGACCCACCUGAGGAUGCUGCAGACUCUGAGUGGACUGAUGUAGAAACCAGGUGUUCCGUGGCAGUGGAGAUGAGGGCAGGAUCAGCUCUUGGACCUGGAUAUGAGCAUCAUGCUCAGCCCAAGCGAAGAAAGCCGUGAACUUAAUGUACUACUGCGUUGGAAUCCUCUUGAUUUUAUCAGACUGAUGUAAUAUCUGCUGCCAGUGAUAAACUUGAUAAAAACUGCCUUGUUAUCAAUCACUACAGGCUUAUAUUUAUAUAACGGCCUGUGCUAGGCAAUGGUUAAAUGGGAGAUACUUCUUGCAAUCCCAAAGAAGCCUAUGUGUGGGUGUGUAUAUUUUCAAUAGAUGUAGGGAGGUUCUGCCAUUGUGUCCUCUGGACUUCUGAAGAACACCUUCUGUCUCGUAUGUAUGAAGCCCUUGUUAUUAAGCUGUAUCUUUAUAGACUAAUGACACAAGGCUUUUGCCUUGCAUAUUUUUUCAUUUUUUUUCUUUUUAUAGUGCAAAAUACUUCUGUUCUGGUUACUAUCCCUUCCUUGUCAGGUCCUCUGUUUUGAAGAGGCAUAAAUGCUACUAUUUAUUUAGAUGCAGUAACGCACUUUAAGCGUGUUUCUAUGCCAUUUCAUAUUUUAUUAUAACUAGCAACAGCUUAGUAAUAUGGAUUUCUUCUUGAAAGAAUUACCUUUGAUUAUUUAAUAUGCAUAUCAGCUUGUGAAAACAUUUCAAUCUUCAAACCUUCAUAGUAACGAAGCAAGAAUACUGAUAUGAUGAGUAAUGGUGACUUGACAUCAGAUCUACUUUAUUUUGUAGUGCAAGUAAAUAAAUGUUUUACAUCUGUAGAUAUGGGGUAAAAGGGUAAUUUGCUCACAGAUAUGGUGAGAACUUUGUAUGUGUGGUUCUGCAAACAUGUUAUAAUAAAUACUUUUAUUCAAUGGCU